AUGACGUCAGCACGCUUGUCAUGCGCUUUCGAACGCCACGCGCAGGGCGCCGCAUCAUCAUCCAGCUCAAUGUCUGCAUCCCGAGGCGCGCAUUUCUCUGCAGGCCGAGGCUUGUUCGUCUCCUUUCUCCCUUCAGUGGCAUCCCUUUCGGGUGUUUCUUGCUCGCGAUUCGGAAGGACGGAAGAUCUUUCUCGUUUCCCGUUUCAAGCUGUGUCUUCUCCGCAGCUCGCGUCCGUUUGCUCCGUACGCGGCAGUAGUAGAUUCAGUAAGCGCAGCAGCAUGGCGGCGGAGGUAGGCCGCGCGGGGGGCGCGCCUGGCGGCGGAACGGGGGAAUCGCCAGCGGAGCGGGAGAGGGCGCUGAUCCACGUGGCGGCGCCGCCCGCGAGUCUCAAGGAGAAAAUCGAGGAGUGGUGGGAGCAGAUCGGGCGCGAGCAGCACCAGGCGCGGCGGGAGGGGAAGUGGGGCGGAGGGGAGCGGGCGGCGGAAGGGGGAAGGGCGGCGGAAGGGGAGAGGGCGGAAGGGGAGGCGGAGAGGGAGAGGGCGCGGAGGGUGACUGCAGACGAGGUGACUGAAAAGAAACUCGUGGCUGUGAGCCAGGUGCUGGCUCUGCUGCCGAUUUCUCUCUUCCCUAAAGUCACAACGGUGCACGAGGUGACAGCCAACACGACUCUGUAUGAUGCCAUCAAGCUACUGUCCCGCCACAACCUCACUACUGUACCCGUUAGAAGCAUUGCUGGGGAGGCUGCAGGGCGGCGCAGGGGGAGGGGUGGAGCAACGGACGUCGAAAUGACAGAAUCAGAGCAACAGGCUGAGGGAGGGGAGGGAGGAGAAGGCGAGGGAGCAACAGGGGUGGUGGAAGAGCCGGCAGAGGGAGAAGGAGAGAUGGAGGAGGAAGUUGAGUUGGAGGAAGAAUGGGAGCCGCAGUAUCUAGGCAUGAUGGACCUGGCAGGCGCAGUUAUCCUCUGGGUCUUCGCCAAUCUCGAAGCAUCUUCGAUUGGAUACGCCACAGCGUCAACCCUUGCUGCCUCCCUCGUCGGUUCCUUCGUCGCAGCAGCUGGGGCAGCUGCGCUCGGAGCUUCGGCCGGACCUGCCGCAGCCGCGGCAGCUGCCGGAGCUGCAGCAGGCUCGGCAGCAGCACCAGGCGGGCAGGAAGCAGCAGAGGAAGGCUCUCCUGGAAAGGAGCUGGGAUCAUACAUGGCAACUGCCAUGGCUUCUCGCUCUCCCGCUCGCACCGGCCGCUAUUUCUUCGAGGAGCUUCUGAAGAAUGAGGCGUUUCACACCACGCGGGUCGCGGAUCUGGCUGGAUCGUUCCGCUGGUCGCCCUUUGUGUAUCUCAAGCCGUCCGACACUCUUCUCACGCUCUUCCUCCUCAUGUCCAAGUACGCAAUUUGCUCUUUGACUUCAAUCCUGUACGCCAUCCGCUCCGUGCCAGUGCUGCCGCCCGGCCCGGAGUCGGCGAUAUCGACGGUGAUCACGCAGUCUGCUGCAGUGGGCUUCCUGUGCGAGUGUGACGGCAUGCCCUGGUUCAAUUCCAUUGCUGACUGCACGCUAGCUGAACUGGGGUUGCCUCUCAUGCAGCCUGAAGAGCUUGUCAAGGUGGAGGACGAUGCAGCGGUCACAGAGCCCUUCCGGCUGAUGAUGGAGCAUGACAUAGGAGGGGUGCCCGUGGUGGGUAAGGGCUGCAACCGCCUCAUUGCCAACAUCAGUGCGCGCGACAUUCUGCACCUCGUGGGCUCUCCAGAGAUUUUCAAGCGCCGCCAGGAACAGUCCUUCACUGUUCGUGAUUUCAUAGCAGCAGCAAACGAGCCCAUCUCAUCAGCCACAGAAGUGAUCUGGCCGGUCAUGACGCCUCCCAUCACCUGCUCUACGUCCACCCCCCUUCGCAACGUGCUGCAUGCUCUCAACCGCACCCACAUUCACCGCAUCUACGUCACUGCCUCCCCUUCUCCUGCUGCCGCUGAUGCUCCUGCUCCUGCUCCUGCUACUGCUGGGGCUGGGACUGAGUUUCCUACCGGUGCCUCUGCUGGUGGUGCUGCUGCUGGUGCUGCUGCUGGUGCUGGUGCUGCGGGUGGCGCUGGUGCUGUGAGUGCAGGGCAGCAGGAGGUGAUAGGAGUGGUGACUCUGCGGGACAUCAUUGGCAAGUUUGCUGCUGUUCCGGCUGACGUGGCCCUGGCUGCUGGUGCUGACGUGGGUGGGGAGGAGUGA